AUGAUACCGACUUCCGAGUCUUCGAGCGAUGGCUUUGCCCGCGCCUUCGAGGUCGAUGAAGUCCCCGCCAUUGCAUCUACAUCUCUCCCUAUGAACCCCCAACCCCCUCGAAGAAAUUCACUGCUGCAGGCAAAGCGACCGGCGCGUGAGCGUCAGAAGAAGGCGCGCUUCGAGCUCCUACAUUCCAUGACGAAAGAGGAGCGUCGGGAGUUCUUGAUUCAAGAAACCGCGGAGAAGGAGGAAGCGAUGCAGCGUCUGCAGCGCGCGGUGACAGCGGACAGCUCCGUUCAGCGCAUCGCCAUUGAUUUGAGCUUCGACAGCAUCAUGAACGACAAAGAGAUUCGAAGUCUAGCCAACCAGCUAAAGCUCAGCUAUGGGUUAAUCAAGCAGAUGCCAGAGCCGUUCCAAUUGGUUUGUUGCAACCCCAGCGAGCAACUGGAACAAUCACUUGAGCGCUUUGGCGCCAGCAAUUGGUACAUCCAAUGGCGACGCGGAACUGCCAGCGUUGCAGAGCACUUCCCACCCGGGGAACUUGUGUAUUUAUCCCCCGACUCACCGAAUGUGCUCGAGAAAAUGGACCCCACGAAGAUCUACGUGAUUGGCGGCAUUGUGGACAAGUCCCGUAAAAAGGCAAGCGCUGGAGCAUCACUCAACGCGGCUACUGAAGCAGGCAUUACAACUGUCCGUCUACCGAUUCAGGAACACUACACGGAAAGGCUGGACCAUAUCUUGAACGUGAACACUGUUGUUGACGUGCUGAUCAAGUUUGGAGAGCUGGGUGACUGGCCGCGGGCGUUGGACAUUGCGUUACCACAGGUGAGGAGGAGUAGAGGCGAAGGUUAAGUAAAAGCUCAACUGAACUUGCUAAACUUGCUAACCUGCUGCAUUAGCGCAAGCGCAGCCAGUUCGGCCGCAAGGCUAUUCGUCGGCGACAGAAGCAGCAAAUGCUCCAGAAUAGUUGCGCAGAAACUCAAGCCAAGGAUUCCGUCCCCACCCACGCCAAGCAGAGCACGAUAAAGCAUCACUCAGUCAGAUCCGACGCGACAGACGUCUCGGAAGCCGAGCUAUCGCCAACUCAGGACUUGAGUCUGUGGUUGGAUCUACACGUAGAGGCGUGAACUUUGUAUCAGAAAAUCUGUGACUUGUGACAAAAAUUCAAAGCCUGUUUUUUUAUCAA